UGCUCAGUUCGACGGUCGACCGACGCUGUCAUCCCCUCAAAGUCUCAGCUGAAAAGCAGAGCAAAGAAUUCAAAGCCCUUCAAUAUCAAGAGCACAACCAUGGGAAAGAAGCGAAAACACAGCGAGCAGAUAACUGCUGAUGCUAAUAAAGAUGAAAGUGUACCAGAGAGGCCCAAAAGAACCCUUUUGGGAUGGAAAGAUGAAGGUGAACCUGAAAAAGAAAGCGUUUCUGUGGUUACAUGGAAAAAUAAAGAGAAGGUUUUAAUCACCUUUAGCCGCCGCAUUAGCUACAUGUUAUUAUUUUUAGGGGUUUAUUAUUGGUGCCUGAUGCUGAAUUUGGUAUCACUAUUGCCUCAUUGUAAGAAAGACAACAAAGUGGAGUCAAAGAGCAGUAAAGGUGCAACCUUGAACGAGCUGGUUGAGCUAAAGAGCUGCUCAUCUUGUUUGUUUUUUGAGAUAUCUUUUCCCCACAGUGGCGCACAAAAAUUAGACGGUGGAGACCUAGAAAAAAUGACCCUUGUUGAGGUUGGUCCAUGGUUCUGCUUGAAUCCGAUAAAAAUAUUUGGUGGUAGCUUUGGAGGCUCGACACUUUAUGAGAAUCCAUUCUAUGUUUCUCCAAACCAAGUACGAUCAUUAGAGAAGAAACAGAAAGCUGGCAGGUAUGCGAAGAAGGUGAAGGCAAAGACAUUUAAGCGCAGUGAGGAAUCAUAG